AUGGUGACAGCAGGAGUAGUUGAGGCACCAGCCUCGUCGACCAAGAAGCCAUCGUCGACCUCAACCUCAACCUCAACCUCGACGUCUCUGUCGCUGUCGCUGUCAUCCAAAUAUCUACCACCAGUGAGACUGCCGGAGCCAUGGAAGACCACCUACGAGAUCCGAGUGGUGUCCGAGACGGACAACUUGCCAGUCCUAAGUCUCGCCCUGGCCGAGACGCAACUCCCCAACGCAAAUCUCCCCCCGACACCGUUGCAUCACGACUCCUUGACCUUCAGCGACCUCACCAACGAGCCGGACGCGUUUGUCCCCGUUGCGGGCGACAACUCGGCAUGGGCGCGGUACCAUCAAACGCUGAUAUCGCAUCUGUCAUGGGAUAGCGCGCCCGUCACUGUCGGACAGGUCUGGAACAUCUUGUAUGCCUUGGUCACGCUGUACCCCGACUUGGAGUCGUUCCGGCUGGAGCUGGCGGGCCCGGACAGCGCCCAGCUCGCCGAAGCCCUUCAAGCCACAGGGAUUGCAACGGCACGACCGAAGCCGUCGCGGCCAGAGCAUGUACUGCCAGCAUCAGCAUCAUCGUCAUCGUCAUCGUCAUCGUCAUCGUCUUCGUCGGCGUCGGCAACCGCCAACCCUCAAGUUUCCAUCACGCGGUCCGCCUUCUGGCAAGGGGCAGCUUCACCCUUCGGCACGCGGCCGGCUUGGGUGGCUCACCCGGAUCUGUACAAUCACCUGCCCGGCCCGGCGCUGACCGCGUCAUAUCCUGCUUUUCCAUACGAGCAUACCCUGACUUUCAGCCUGGAAGGCCGACCAGUGCACGCGCAGCAUCCCAUCCGGCCGCCGAAGCCGGUCCGCGGCGCCGUCAUCUACAGUCGCUACAUCCCUCACUUGGACGAGUUCUUUUCCAUGGUGCACCUGGACUGGCAGGAUGAGACGCACCUACAGCUCUUCCAUGAAUGGCAGAACGACCCGCGCGUGUCGCAAGGCUGGAACGAGACCGGCACGCUGGAUCAGCAUCGAGAAUAUCUGCGCAAGAUUGACCAAGAUCCGCAUCAAUCGGCCAUUCUGGCCAAGUUCAACGAUAUCUUCUUUGCCUAUUUCGAGAUCUACUGGGCCAAGGAGGACCAUAUGGGCGUCUACCUCUCUCCCGCCCCAGGAGACUGGGAUCGCGGCCGCCAUUCUCUGGUCGGCGAUGUGCGGUAUCGAGGCCCGCACCGCGCUUCGGCAUGGUGGUCCAGCCUGGUGCACUACCUGUUCCUCGAUGAGCCGCGCACCAUGACCAUCGUCGGAGAGCCAAAGUACACCAACGCCAAUGUGCUGGGCUACGACGCCGCCAAUGGAUUCCAUAUCCACAAGUUGGCCGACCUGCCGCACAAACGCUCCGCCAUCGUCAGGUGCGAGCGCCUCCGGUUCUUCCAGUCGGUAGGGUUUGGUCUGCCGGGAGGGAAUGUCAAGAUCGCCGAGGGGAGGGGAGGGAAAUCGACAAGGGGGGCGGAGAAACAGGUGGCGAAAUCGACAACGGGGUCGGACAAGCAGGUGGUUGCGAAGCUGUGA